UUGAAUUGUAUUGCUCCUUCCUAGAACCCUUUAAUCCCAUAACUCCUAAUACAGUAGGCGAAGCUGGAGGUGUUGUCUGUGUCAUAUUGUCUUUCUUUUUAGCCAAUCCUAGUGCAGACAAAACAGUAGAUGGGGGUUUUUGUAUUUUUUGCUCAUCUUUUUUCUCCUCUUUUUUCGAGCUCCCUAAGCCUAUACUAUCCAACACACUCGCAGGACGUUUUUGUGAUUUUUUCUUUUCCUUUUUAUUGCUCUCCAACCCUGCACUACUUGAAACCGAUGAUUUUUGUGUACUAUUUUCUUUAGGUUUCUUCUCAUCCUUUCUUGAUAAAUCUAAAGCACUAGGAGUAAUAGAGUCUGGAGGUUUUUGUGUAGUAAUAAUUUGCUCUUUUUCAGAUUUUAGAGAUGGAGGUUUUUGUGUAGUACUAAUUUGUUCUUUUUCAGGUUUUGGAGUUGAAGGUUUAUCAUCUUCCUUAUACCUUGGAGGAGACUUUAAUUCCUCUCUAGGAGUCGGAGGUGGUGGUUUAGUUUUCUGCUUCUCUUCUUCCUUUUUACCUAAUCCUAUACUAGUCAAAACACUUGAUGGUUUUUCUUGCUCUUUUUUCUCUUCAUUCUUAUUUAACCCUAUAGAACUCAAAGCACUUGAAGGACGAGGUUGAGAGUGUGGCUUAUCUUUCU